AUGUGUAAAACUUGUAAUAUUUAUAUCAUUUUAGGAAUACAGUUGAAUAAGAAAGUUACUUUUUUAAGUACAGCAGUCAUAGUUGGUUUGUUACAGCACAGAAUUAAAGUAGGAGUUAACUGUAUUAAUGCACCUGUUUUGGCAAAAGAAGCUGGUAUUGAGCUACAACAGAAACAUGAAGAUGUCUGUUUGAGAAGAAAUGUUGAUUCAGCUCUAGUAGUAAAUAUAGCUGCUGGAGAAAAAAGGCAUGAAAUUGUUGGAUUAAUUGCUGGUGACAAGGCAUUUCUAGGCAGUCUUGAUGGGGCUGAUUUCUUUCCCCAUGUGGAAUUAAAUGGAAAGCUUCUGUUAUGUAGAAGUGACAACAGUUCUGUAACAUUCCCCAAACUGAUAGGUUUAUUUAAUCCACAAGACAUUCAGUCAAUAUGGUGUUCCAGUAUGGUUAACAACAGAGUUUGGUAUGUGUUUAAUGUGAAUAAGGAUGAUUCAUAUCAAAAAGCAAUUAGUUCUCUAGUUGAUUUCUGUGCAUUUAUUACAUUAUAAAUAAAGGCACUGACAACAUAAUGGGACCAAUUUCUAUUCAUUCCAUGUAAGAAUAUUCUUUUCUGAUAAAACUGUAUUACUGACAAGAAAAUAAAAUUUUUGUUUAAUAUUGCUUA